AUGGAAGGUAGAAGAAUUGGAUCAGUGAAGUUAAACCGAGGAAUUUUACAGGGAGACUCAUUGUCUCCUUUACUAUUUGUUAUGGUAUUAGAUCCUCUAAGCAGGAUCCUUAAUUCCGUGUUUCCAAAACUUGAAAUUAACCAGGAAGAUCCCAAUAUGUUAACAUAUUCUACUAAUCAUUUGCUAUUUAUUGACGAUCUAAAAAUAUUUGCUCUCAAACAAGACACUUUACUCAAAAUGAUGGAAGCUGUUAACGGAUUUUUUAAAAUUGUUGGUUUGGAGAUGAAUUCAGAAAAAUCAGCGUCUAAUUUGGAAUCAUUAUCAUGUUGUAAGACUAUUGACGGAAUCAGUGGAUAUCGGUAUUUGGGUGUACUUGAAGAUGGUGGAAGCAAUGUUCUUAAGAAUAGAGUUAUGGACUCUAUCUUUGAGAAUGUUAAGAAGAGGAUAACUAUGCUAUCGAAAACAAAACUCAACUCUGUGAAUCUGUUUCGUGCUAUAAAUGAAUAUGCAUUGUCACUAUAUAAAAAUUAUAUUGGGCUAAUCAAUAUUGAACCUUCUGAAUUUGAUGAUAUUGACAGACAAAUACGGCAAUUGCUUACGUCGCUCAGAUUACAUCUCAAACCUGCAAAUAAAGAGAGACUGUAUUUAAACCGGAAGGCUCUUGGAAGAGGGCUUUCAUCAGUUACUUUCAAAAGUGAACUAAUGCUCUUUCAGUUCCUUACGAGUCUGGAAAAUAUGUCAACUAUAUGCUUACGGAGGGCGGGGAUUCUGCGUGUAAUUAAAAUGAAUAAAUGGCAUUUGGCUAUGAUCGCAGGAUUUCUAUCCUCCAAAUAUGCAAUUAUUGAUAAGAAGAGUAUUACUAUGGAGUCUCUAAAGUUCAGUCAGAUACAAUAUUUACAAAAGAAAAUUAGUUCUAAAGCACUACAUUCUGUGCUUUUCAAAUGUGUGGAUGAACCUAAUGUUGAUUUACCUGCAUCCUCAGAAUGGCUAUCUAAUGGAAAUAAUGGGCCACGAAGCGAAGCAUUGUAUUCUCUUUUGCAAGAUCGAAACUUGUUCUUUGCAUCCGCUGACUCAUUAUGCAAUCAUUGUAAGAAAAGCAAGAAAACUGUUGACCACAUGGCUAUCAGUGUGGUAAAAUGCUCAACAGUGAUUAUCUCCGGAGACACAACGAAGUUGUGA